CGCGCAGGAAGAAAAAAAACCCUCACUUCCGCUCCGGUCUCGUCGACACACCGACCACGAUGGCGGCGUCCGGCGGAGAACCGAAGCAUGAAACAGACAAACUAGAGUUCACUCUGGACGUCCCCUUCCCGUCGUCCCGCGAGGCCGUCAUCGCUCUGCAGUCUCUGUCCCCGGACCGAGAGCCGAGGAAGGGCGGCAUCAGCAAACAGCUGACGGUCGCCGGCAGCACGCUGUCUGUGAGGUGGAGCGCGGACGAGGCUCGAAUCCUCCGAGUGUCUGUGAACUCGUUUCUGGAUCAUCUGUCGCUCGUCGUGGAAACCAUGGAGAUGUUUGGACCCCCUGUUUCCCAGUGAAGAAUCACAAAAGACUCAGGACUAUGAUGCUUUGAUCCCAUCAUCCUCCACUGGACUUUUCAAUCCUUGGAUACGACUCAGGUGCGGCACCUGGAACAGGUAGAAACUGAAGUUUUGUAAAGGAAGUUUGAACGACUGGCAGCUUGAAAUGUGAGUUCAAGUUUGUUUCAAACAGUUAAAUCCGAUUUGUUUCCUUGUUUAACUGG